AUGGGCGAUCCUUUUGAAUAUUUCAAGGACAACAUCCCAAAUUUGAAUGAACGGCUUGUCACACUACAAAGAACAAUUGUGGAACAUGUUACGUCACAACCCCUUCUGUUCCCAGAUAACAUCAACAAACUUUCACUCAACGAUCAAAUAACAGAAUUAAACAAGUGUCUCGAUUUAGAAGUUGCAAGAGAAGACAAGUUCAACAAAAUGAAACUCGAAGUCACUUUAACAUACGCAGCUUUAGAGGAUUUGUUUGAAUUAAUGAAAGCAACCAAAGAGAAGUGUGACAGUGAAGGAAAGAUGAUUGAGGACUUUCGCAAUGCAAUUUUGAAAAUGUUAAUAGACAAGGAAAGGUGUCGACUCGACAAAGAAAUCAAGACGAACACGUUCAGGAAGUCACAACUUCAAGUUGAGUUCAGAGAACGGGAGAAUGAGAUUAAAAGGAAAAUGAGUAUGAAAGUAGUCGAACCCCAACACGCCGCCACUUUCAAGACCAUUCCACAAUCAUCCAAACCAAUACCACAACCUAAAAAUAUGAACACAAUAGAAGUAACAACUCAAUUAGAAGGUAAUGCAAAGACCGGAAGUGUCAACACCGACACUUCUGAAACAAUUGACAGUCCAGAAAUCAUCUUAGAGGAACAAAAGAAAAAAACACAGAGAUUUGAGAAACGGCGCAUAUUCAAAAGAAGUCGAAAUGACAAGGAAAAAAUUAGGGUAUUGGAGAAAUCUCAAAUAGAUGUGGAGAAAAACAAAGAACUCGACAACCCUAUCAAAUUGGAAACUGUUCAAGAAAAAGACGAAAAAUGCAAUGAAACAAAGAAUGAAAUCAAACAUGAAGUCAUUCCAUUCCCAAAAAUAGAACAUGACGGCAUCUAUGACAAAAUACUAAUGAAGCAACAACCACAAAACGAUAUUAAAAAUAGAACAACUGACACUGAAGGAAAGUCAAAGCCGACAGAAUUGAUAAGUAAAGAAAUAAAUGACCGACUCAAGAAUCAAAGUGACAUAAUAGAAAUGAAGAGCGAAACAAUUAAUACACCAAAUAAUUUAAUAAACACAGUGGACGUGUUAAAUGCAGCAGAGAAAAACACACCAAAAAGAAAUGAGAAGUUUGAGGAAUUUGACAAUCUCCCAAAAGACGAAGAAAAAACGAAAUUACACACCGCGCCAGUUUUAAUAGAAGAAAAGUUAAAGGACACCAGUGAGACUUCUUUUGCCGACAAAGAUGAGUUACUCUACUUUGACAGCAACAUGUAUGAAGGCACCAAAAAGACUUCAAAUAGCACAACAAACAGUUCAGAAUCGGUAUCAAAGAAACACAAUUUAGUGAUACGCAUUCCAUCCUCAAAACCCCUUCUAAUCGCCUCCCCAAAACCAACGCAAACGAGUCGGACUGAAAAAUCGGAGAAGCCGAAAAUGAGUCGAAGUGUCCGGACGUCUGAAGGGAAGUACGAUGAGAAUUUUUUGAGUGCAAAAGAGAAGCAGAAGAUUUCUGAGUAUUGCGGUGAAGCACUUGGAAAGGUCUUCUACGACUCUCAAAUCAAUCCAUGUGGAAGAGGAAGUAAAACGUUCUUCUUGCGAGCUACAGAGUGCGGCAAUGGCUUUGUCAUCGUGAUCGACGACAUCAAAGGAAAUCGUUUUGGAGCAGCCAUUUUCAGUAGAAUUCUUCAUAUAGCUGAACCAGUCAAAGAUAAAAGGGCGUUUCUCUUCACAUUGAGAACAAAAGACGAGAUAGGAGAGACUACUGAGAAAGUCGAGUUCUUCAGAAUUAAAGCGAAUAAGGCGGAAUACGCUUUCUAUGUCGGAACACUCCAAGGGAAACGACUCUUUGAUAUUGGAGACGGUGACAUCAUGCUACUCAAAAGAGAGAAAGGAAAGCUGAUGGUCUACUGCGAACAAAAC